UGCGUGAUCGCGGGCCGGGCGUAGGCUGACGGGAAGAGAACUGUGGACGGUUGUGACAGAGAGAACGGUUGUGACAGAGAGAACGGUAAUGAGGUGUUCUAUAUAACGGUGAUUACACAUUCCAGUGUAGGCCAUAUUAUAGAAAGAUUAGUGUAUCAGGUCACACAAGUUGCUACAGGGAUGCAUGUACAUAACAUCGAAAGAUCCUCAUCUACUGGUAAAAUGUAGCUGAUAAUCACUCAAAGAAUCUGUGAAACAACAACGGUUUGGAACGGAUUCAUAUAAACAGUUUUUAAACGCUUCCUCCAUGUAUCAACGGAAUCGUGACUUUCAAAUUUAACCGGAAGUGGUGUGGCGCACAUGGGUACAAACCGGAGGUGAUUAAAUGCACGUUUCGAGCGUUGGUGUGAAUCCGAUACACAAGAUGGCGCUGUCGCGAAGUUUAUCUGGGUCACGGUAUUCGAAAAUUGGGCUGAUUGUUUUGGGCGUCGGAAUUAUAUUCCACAUAACUGGAUUCAGCGUCCCUGAUUGGACUGAAGUAGACACAGCAGAGGGAAAAGCUAACAAAGGAUUAUGGAAAGUCUGCGGAGUGGAACUGUUGGGAUGUGAAUACCUUUAUGAUCAGCCGGGAUGGUUCGAAGGAGUGCAGGUGCUCGAGACGGUGGGUCUGGUGCUCGAGGUAGCUGCCCUGUUCUGUGUGGCGUGGUACAUGUACCUGGGUUCAAGAACAGCCGUCUUCUUCUGUGCGGCAACGAGUUUGGCGUCAGCUCUCUCCACACUUAUUGGACUCAUAAUAUUUGGGGCGCGGCAUGACCCGAACGAAGACCUCAACUGGGGAUUUGCUUUCGAAGUGAUCGGUGCUCUGAACUGCAUUGGUGCUGGGGUGCUGUUCAUCUAUGAGGGUAAAACACGGACUGGCUACGUCAGCCUCUGAUAACAAGGUCCAAUUCUACUGGACAAGGCAAUAUGAGUUUAUCAGAGAGGUAUUGUUACGGAGUUAUGAGUAAUGGAACUUUAUGUUUCAAGAGCCGUUGGUGCGAUGAAAGAAGAGGAAUCAGGUCUUUCAGCAUUUACUGUUAUUGAGUGGUCCACUGGAAUGGCGACCGGUGAAUGGACAACUUACGAACUAUAACUAUCAUAGUCAACUGUAAAACGGCAAUGGACAAAUGGAUUAUCCAUACCCCCCGAUUCCAUUAGACCGCAAAGAAGACACUCUUUCCAAAGCAUACACAUUUAAGAGAUAGUAUAGAAAAAGUCGAGAUGUGCAUCACGAAUGUCACAUUGGGUGAUGGGAAUGGCGAACAGUAUGUAAUGACUUCUCAUGGUAUUUAAGUCUUUCACGGACACAACAUAGAUACCAUGCUGCAACAGUUCAUUUCGUUAUGAAUAUUCAUGGUGUUCAAGCAACGGCUUUUAUGUUAUAUUACCAGUAGGGAAACGCCGGCAUCGUUAGGGAUUGGAUAUGUGUUUCUACCAGAUCGGGACCACGGAUUAUUAAAAUAUGAUAUAAUU